CUCCGGGUCCCUCCGUUUUGGUUCCGGGGCAGGGGCCCCUUCCUGCGGGCGGGCGGGGCGGGGCACGCUCGGCCCCGCUCGGCUCGGCAGCCCCGGGCCAGCCGUAGCAUGUGAGCCCGCCGGGGCGGGGAUGCUCUGGCUGCUCUGCGGUCCCUCCCGCGCCAUGGAGAGCCAGGCGCUGGUGAUCCGCAUCAAGAUCCCUGACGGCGGGGCCGUCGACUGGACCGUGCACUCGGCGCCUCAGCUGCUCUUCAGGGACGUGCUGGAUGUCAUCGGUCAAGUUCUGCCAGAUGCAACGACAACAGCGUUUGAGUAUGAAGAUGAGGAUGGUGACCGGAUUACUGUUAGAAGUGAUGAAGAAAUGAAAGCCAUGCUGUCCUAUUAUUACUCCACUGUAAUGGAACAGCAAGUAAAUGGACAGUUAAUAGAGCCUCUGCAGAUAUAUCCAAGAGCCUGCAAACCUCCCGGGAAACGGAACAUACAUGGCCUGAAGGUAAAUACUCGAGCAGGGGCUGCUAAUAAUAGCAGCUCGGCCGUCUCGGAUUCCCUUCCAAGCAAUAGCUUAAAAAAGUCUUCUGCAGAGCUGAAGAAAAUACUUGCAAAUGGCCAGAUGAAUGAACAAGACAUACGGUAUCGAGACAUCCUCGGUCAUGGCAAUGGAGGCACAGUCUACAAGGCAUAUCAUGUCCCUAGUGGAAAAAUACUAGCAGUAAAGGUCAUACCCUUAGAUAUAACACUGGAACUCCAGAAGCAGAUAAUGUCGGAGUUAGAAAUUCUUUACAAGUGUGACUCAUCAUAUAUCAUAGGAUUUUACGGUGCUUUUUUUGUAGAAAACAGGAUUUCCCUGUGCACAGAGUUCAUGGACGGGGGUUCUUUGGAUGUUUAUAGAAAAAUUCCAGAGCAUGUACUUGGAAGAAUAGCAGUAGCUGUUGUGAAAGGCCUUACCUAUUUAUGGAGUCUAAAGAUUCUGCACAGAGAUGUGAAGCCAUCUAAUAUGCUGGUGAACACACGAGGCCAGGUGAAGCUGUGUGACUUUGGGGUCAGCACACAGCUGGUGAAUUCUAUAGCCAAGACGUAUGUUGGAACAAAUGCUUAUAUGGCGCCUGAGCGGAUUUCAGGAGAACAGUAUGGAAUUCACUCAGAUGUUUGGAGUCUAGGGAUUUCCUUCAUGGAGCUUGCUCUUGGGAGGUUUCCAUAUCCUCAGAUUCAGAAAAACCAGGGAUCUUUAAUGCCUCUCCAGUUAUUGCAGUGCAUUGUUGAUGAGGAAUCGCCCGUCCUUCCAGCCGGGGAGUUCUCUGAGCCAUUUGUACACUUCAUCACUCAAUGCAUGAAAAAGCAACCAAAGGAAAGGCCAGCACCCGAAGAUUUAAUGGGCCACCCAUUCAUCGUGCAGUACAACGAUGGGAAUGCAGAAGUCGUGUCCAUGUGGGUGUGCAGGAUGCUUGAGGAGCGGCGAUCGACCCAGGGACCACAGUGACAUCAGCUCAUCCCAGACCAGCAGCACCAGCCCCACGCUUUGGACUCACACUCUGGAUCAUGUCUCACUAAACACAUGUUCUAGAAGCAUCAACAAGAUCUUUCAGGAUAUUUGUUGCUGCCUUUCCCUCACCACCACAUUAAGGAAUUCUCUUCCCGCAUUUCUUUUGUUGCUGAGCAAUUUCAUGUCCUCAAAUUAUCUUCAGUUAAACUGUACACAGCCUUAAAGCAAGUAUUUUAUAUCUAUAUUUUUUUUGUUAUUGAAUGUAUUGUAUAUUUCCUGG